CCACCAUCACCCCGAUCGCGACCACGACCGCCACCGCCACUCCUCCCACUCCAGAUCCAAUCAGGCUGGAGGAGGCAGCAGAGGCGGCAGCGCGAGUGCAGACAAUCACGGGCACGGCGCGAAGGAUUCGCGCGAUGCGAAACCGGCAUCUUCUGCAGAAGCUUAUCGACGCCAGCAUGAGAUAAUCGUCACCGGAGACAACGUGCCGGCGCCGUUCACAACAUUUGAGUCGACAAAUUUCUCGUCGGAAAUUCUUAAAGAGGUACAUCAUGCUGGCUUCUCAUCUCCCACUCCGAUCCAGGCUCAGGCGUGGCCUAUUGUAUUACAGAGUCGCGAUAUUGUAGCCAUUGCAAAGACAGGUUCAGGCAAGACACUGGGUUAUCUUAUUCCAGGAUUUAUACACCUGAAGCGCCUGCGUAACAACUCCAAAGUGGGUCCAACCGUGCUGGUUUUGGCACCAACAAGAGAGCUGGCAACCCAGAUUCAAGAGGAAGCCGUGAAGUUCGGGAGAUCUUCGAGGAUUUCGUGCACGUGUCUAUAUGGAGGUGCACCAAAAGGCCCACAGUUGAGAGAUUUAGAUCGUGGAGUUGAUGUCGUGGUUGCGACCCCAGGAAGAUUGAAUGACAUUCUAGAAAUGAGAAGGAUAAGUCUUCGUCAGGUAUCAUAUCUUGUUCUUGAUGAGGCUGACCGUAUGUUGGACAUGGGUUUUGAACCACAAAUACGUAAAAUUGUGAAAGAGGUACCACAUCGCCGUCAAACUCUUAUGUUCACUGCUACAUGGCCAAAGGAAGUACGGAAAAUUGCUGCAGAUCUACUUGUUCAUCCUGUUCAGGUGAACAUUGGGAGCAUCGACGAGCUCGUUGCCAACAAUGCUAUCACUCAGUAUGUGGAGGUGAUUACGCCUGCGGAGAAACUCAGACGGUUGGAGCAGAUCCUGCGCUCACAAGAUCCUGGCUCCAAGAUUUUAGUGUUUUGCUCUACUAAGAGAAUGUGCGACCAGCUUUCUAGGACCCUUAGUCGGCAGUUUGGUGCAGUUGCCAUUCAUGGCGACAAGUCCCAAAGUGAAAGAGAUAGGGUUUUAAGCCAAUUUCGAUCAGGAAGAUCCCCCAUUUUAGUCGCAACGGAUGUUGCUGCACGAGGGUUGGACAUCAAAGAUAUCAGGGUUGUGAUUAAUUACGACUUCCCCACGGGUGUCGAAGACUACGUUCACAGGAUAGGAAGGACCGGCAGGGCAGGUGCAACUGGUGUGUCUUACACAUUUUUCUGUGAGAAUGAUUCCAAAUACGCGGCAGAUCUCGUGAAGGUUCUUGAAGGGGCUGACCAGCGCGUUCCACGGGAGCUGAGGGACAUGGUAUCACGUGGUGGAUAUGGCGGUAAGUCUCGCCGUUGGGGCUCCCGCUCUGGCGGCAGUCGUGAUGAAGGCCGUUCACGUGCACGGGGUGAUUCUGGCCGCAGUGGAAGAGCUGCGCGUGAACCGCUGCCUUUUUCAGAGAGAAAAUCAGAUAGUGGCCGAGGUGGCCGCAGUCGGGAUGAUCAUGACCCGUAUGGCAGGAACAGUCGCAAUUAUCAGGAUGAUCAUGAUACAGACGCACAUGACCACAAAUCUGGAGGACGAGGCCGUAGCAGCAGAAGUCGCAGCCGUGGGUAUAGCCCAAGUCCUAAGAGGGGACGCGUCGGUGGAUGGCAAAAUGGCCGCAGCCGUAGCCGCAGCCGCAGCCGCAGCCGCAGUCGCAGUGGGAGUCAAAACCAUUACUACAGCCACAGCCGUAGCCGCAGCCGGAGCGUAAGCCGUGACUUUGACAAGCUCGGUGCUGAGAGGAGGACGGUCUCACCAGCCGCUCAUCAUCGCCCUGAUGAUGAUAUUAAGCAUUCGCCAAGCCCACGCUACAAUGAGAAGCAAAGAUCCCCACCGCCGCCACAGCUGAAUGAUAAUGACAACAUGAUGAAAGAUGUUCGACAUGAUGGCUCACCUAGUCCAAGCCCGAAAAAGGAGAGAUCUCCAUAUAAUAGCAAUACGAACAAUGGCGCUGGAUCACCUUCUCAAGGUGGAAAUGGUGGUGGCGCUAGAUCACCUUCACCUCUGCCUACAAAUGUGCGCUACAACAAGGACAGGGAUGGAGAGGAAGAAGAGGAAGGCAUGAUACCUGCAGAUGAGGAUGAUGGUGAAAUACUCCCGGAGGAGGACGGAGGUGGAACUUCGCCUCCUGGGCCUAUGGAAGAGACUCACCGACCUGAUUCAGAUAGGUAAUUGAUUUAUGCUUCAGAGAACUAGAAAUGCCCCCAGUUAAUAGAUGCUCUUACUUUCCAGAGUGUUAGUAACUAUGGUACCAUUUACAUUGUGAUAUUCUGAUGGUCGAUUUGUUGUAAUCUGCCGUAGAUGUUGCCAUGCUAUACUGGUCUGACCAAGGGUCGUGUAUGAACCUUGUUAUUGUUUUUUUUAUCAGAACGCUCCGAGUUAUCAACUUUGUUUGCAUGAAAAAUGUUCCUUCCGUCUGCUGUUUU